GAUCAUUCGGUUAAAUUUAUGAAGUGUUUGCAGAGCUAUCACAUCACGUGCAGUAAGUUUGUUUGUCGACCUUCAAUCCGGUGAGAACACGCCCCAUCCCCCACUUGCAACUGGUUGCUCACCAAGACUGCAAGAAUGCUUCGAACUGAGUUCUUCUUUGCACUAUGCCUGUUCGGCUUGGUUGCUGUUCAGGGAAAUCCCCUUGAUGAUUACGUCAUGAAUGACGAUGGUCACUAUAGCUACACCGUACUUCGUGAUUGGACGUACAAAUCGCCGGGCCAUACGUCAUAUUUAAUAAACAUGACGUCACAGCAAUGGCUGACACCAAACGACACGGACAGGUCACUAUGGUGGCAUUUUGUUAUCGUUCAUGUUCCUGAUGAGUUCGACCCAGCUCUAAGCAACAGUGCGUUCUUAUUAAUAGAUGGCGGUGGUAAUGACAAUCCAGAUAACCCUCCUGAAAUCACGGAUACCUUUGUAAUGUUUACUGGGCUGAUGGCUGAAUCCUCAAAAUCAAUUGUUGUGGACUUAAAACAAAUUCCGAACGAGCACAUGACGUUCAAACACGACCCGAAGAAACAGCGUCGUACCGAAGACGCAAUUAUUGCAUACACCUGGCGCCAUUUCUUAGAAAACCCGAACCAGCCAGAAUGGUUGUUAAGAAUGCCCAUGACCAAAGCUUCAGUAAAAGCCAUGGACGCUGUAACUGACUUUAUCAAUAAGACAGUUGGAAACCAAAUCGAAAGAUGGUGCGUUGGUGGAGCUUCAAAGAGAGGCUGGACCACAUGGACGACCGCUGCUGUAGAUAAACGUGUGCAGUGCAUGACACCUAUAGUUAUGGACGAGUUAAACAUGGUUAAGAACUUGCACCAUCAUUACCGAGCAUAUGGUGGUUGGAGCUUCGCGUUUAAGGAUUAUUACGAUGAGGAUAUUACUAAAGAUCUUGACCAUCCAAACAUGCCCGCACUGGCCGCCAUUGUGGAUCCUUUAUCCUAUGUCGACCGACUUACAAUGCCUAAGAUGGUGUUCAGCACAGGCGGUGACGAAUUCUUUUUACCCGACGACUCUCACUACUACCUUACCUCAAUGAAGGGCCCAAUGUACGUUAACAUGCUUCCCAACGCCGAGCAUUCGUGUGUCGGGCACGAGCUCCAGCUUAUGUUUAACAUCAAGGCCUUCUACGUUAGUGUUAUGAAAGGUAAAAAACUUCCUCAAGCAACGUGGACACUUUACAACACUGCAACUGGGGGUGGUAUUGAUGUUACACUGGAUACCGUUCCUACUUUGAUUCGGGCAUGGUCCGUCACCUCAAUCUCAUCAAAACGACGCGAUUUCCGACUUCUACGAGGCAAUACAACCGAUGUAAGCGCUCAACCUAUCGUGCAACCGAACAUUUGGCAUCAUAGCAACGUAACAUCAAUUGGCCAUCUUAAAUAUCGAGCUGAGUUCGACACCCCAUUAUUCGGAAGGUGGCGAGCAUUCUUUAUUCAGAUGACUUUUCCAGCAUCAGAUGGCAACAUGAUUGAAUUCACAACCGAAACCAAUAUUAUUCCUGACAAAUUUCCAUACCCCGACUGCUAUAAGGAUUCCUGCAAGGGCACUUUAGUAUAAACCAAAUAUAUAUAUUAUAUUAAUUUAUUAUAUGGCAUAAUUUGUGGUCGAAUGUAUCACUUGUAAAGGGCGAAAUAAAAUCAAUGUGAAACAAA